CAGACACGACUAACCUCAGCAGUGCCGGCCCUACAAGGAACUGGUGUUGGGUGAUGGUAAUUUGAAUUGAGUUUGAAGUCAGAUAACGAGAGAGAGAGAGAGAAUAGUUGGGUGGUUGAGAUGGAACCGGCAGCUGGAAACCCUAAUUACAUCAUGGUCCCACCCCCACCCGCCCCGGCGGUUGAGCCACAACCUCUGGCAUCAACCCACAGGCGACCCAUCUUCUCAUUUCCGAGGAGGCCGGCCUUCAGAGUUACAUCGGAGUUCGACAGUGAUAGCGCAAUCUUCCUCCAGAAAAUUUCUUGUAAGUUGUUGGACAGCCUUGCCAAAUUCAAGUUUUCAUUCAACCAUAACAGUAAAGGCGACAUCUCCGAACCUCAAAUUAGCUUCGUAUCCAAGCACCUUAGCCUCCACUACGACCUCGAAGACCAUAAUGCUCUCGUUAAGACUUCCAUCGAUGUUGGUCCCAGAUUGCAACUCACUGCUGCUCAUGAUGUCAAGGCUCAACAAGGAGAGGUUACCAUGGUUGCAAAGGUCGCGGAUCCUGGCUAUUCACUUGAACUAUCAACACCAGUUCCAUCCGUCGGAUUGCCAAAAACAACCUUCAGGUUUCCCGUAGGUGAAUUUUCAGUGCAGGAGAAAGAAGAGGAGGAAGUCAAGAAUUUGUUGUCAGUCAGUGGGAUUCUUAAAGGCCAAAUUUUGAAUGGGGUCUGCUCUGCCCAGUACAAGGAUGAAGAACUGAAAUUAAGAUACGGCUAUAAGGAUGAUGAAAUGUCCUUUCUUCCAAUACUUUCACUUCCUUCAAAUUCUCUGUCAUUUGCCUUUAAGCGUCGGUUUGGUCCAUCUGACAAGUUGAGUUACUGGUACAAUUGUGAUUCCAACUAUUGGAGUGCUGUCUACAAGCGCACUUAUGGGAAGGAUUUCAAAUUUAAAGCUGGUUAUGAUUCAGAGGUUCGGCUUGGCUGGGCAUCUCUUUGGGUUGGAGAUGAAGGUGGGAAAGCCAAAACAGCUCCAAUGCAAAUGAAAGUUCAGUUCAUGCUUCAAGUGCCACAAGAUGACAUAAAAUCUUCGGUUAUGAUGUUUCGGAUUAAGAAAAGAUGGGACUUUUAAGCUCUACUGAUGACUUUACCUGUUUUUUUAUAUAUAAAAAAUGGGUACUUGGCUUUGGGCAGUUCCAUGGAGUCAUAGUUUGUUGCCUCCACACUUUUGGAAAAGGGGUAUUGACUAUAUGACAGGUUGAUACUUCUCCAAGUCAGCUAAUUCUUAGCAGUGUGGCAAGAUUGCACCGAGUUUCUGGUAAGCACAAUUUUCAAUCGUACAAAAUUUGUAAAGGUGAUUUUCUGAUUUGUAAGUUGGCAGAUUAUGGUUAUCGGAUGCAAACAAUCCUGAAAUUAGUUAUUCAUUUCGUAAAAGGCAUGCGACUUUCAAGUUCUUUUUGGUCUAAACAAAUUCCUUUCCACUUUUUGGUGGGAUAAUUUUAAACGUUAGGUUGGAUCUAGCUUAGAGUAGUCUUUAGACAAAAUGCUCCACGGGUUGACUGCCUUUUACAAAGAAAACAAUCAAAUAAGAAGCUGAGGGAUUUUUGGACAUGAGUUUUAUGCUAGUUACAUAGGGGUGAAUAUUUCCAUUUCCAACUUUUAGUUUGUUAUACACCCGAGGUUGAGAUAAAAUAGGAUUCGAAAGGAACAUGAGCUCAUCCAAUGCAAAGCACGUUUCAGUUUAUUUUCAUUUUUCA